CAAUUUCGACCCUUUUCGCUCUCUCCUUGGAAGUUGGAUCCGCAGAUCUUGCAUCGAUGUCGUCGGGGUCGCCACCGCAGGGCCGCGGCAGGGGGGAGGGAGAAGAGGAAGGCGCCUCCUCCUCGAGACCCCGCUUCGGUCGCCGCCGAACCGACUAUCCUUCUUCGUCGCGGCCGCGAUCCGCCGAUGCUGUCUGGCCGGAGCACUUCGUGGAAUCCGUCUCCAUUCGUGUCGCCGACGAAGCUGCCCGAUUCGAAGGCCGACUCGCCGCUGCGCCCGCCGUCGUCGCCAUGUUCCAGGUGUGCUCGACGUGGAGAGCAGUUUCCCGGUCGGAGUUCCUUUGGCAAGUUCUUUGCCGCCGCAUAUGGUCCUGCCGCCGCCGCUCCCUUCCUUCCUGGCGCGAGGAAUACGUCCGUCUCCACCGCACAGCUGCCAAUUUCCGCGCUGGCCGCUCCGCCUACUUCUCUCUCCUUUCUCCCCCCACCGACGACCUGCCCUGCUGCCGCCUCGCCCUCUCCGACCGUCACCUCGCCGCCGGCUUCCUCGACGGCUCAGUCCGCCUUUUCAACGUCCCUGCUGGGCGGCUCCUCGCCACCUUCAGAGCGGACCCCCACCGCGACCGCCUCGGUCGCUUCUCCCAAGCCAUCUCCGGCAUUGUACUCUUAGACAACCGCCUUGCCUUCGCCUCGCAGGAUGGCGAUGUCCACGUGGCGGAACUCAGCGCCCCCAGGGAGGCCCCCCGGCGGGCGCUCGUCGGGAACCUCAUGGUGGACGGCACGAUGGUGGACUUCACCGGGAACGCGCGGUGGUGGGUGGGUCUCUUCGCUGGCGCACCCGGUCACUCGUGGCGCGUGUGGGAUGCGGCCAUGGAGUUGCUGAUUUUCGUCGGUGGGGGCCUGAUGGAUUCCGCGGCUGUCGUCGGUUGGCACAUGCUCACCGACAUAAUGAAGCCGGUGGUCGGCCGCGCGCGGAUUCUGGAGCAGGGUGUCGUCGUGGGGUGCUCGACGUCCAGCAUGGAGGUGCUGGACCUCGACGGUGUCACUGGAACCAUUCUAAACCAGAGGGAGCUCCGGCACGGCGGCGCGCUGGUGGAAUCUUUCGACGCGGGGGAUGGGCGGGUGAUGGUGGUGGACUCGCGAGGGGUGGCCACGGUGAAGGAGGUGCCGGCGCUUACAGAGGUGAGCCGGUUCCCGACUCUCCGACGGUCGGAGAGACAGCAUGGGUCGCCGAGCCUGGAAGGGUGCAUGAACUGGGGUUACGCGCUGGUUUGCAUCUCGCGCGGAGUACACGUGUGGGACGCUAUCACCGGCGAGUACCUCUACGUCUUCCGGCAGCGGAUAGGGAUGGCCACUGCCAUGGCCGCCAGCGACAGAUACGUGGUUGCGUGGGCAAACGAUACUGGAUUGCACCUCUGGGAUUUCGGAGCAUUAUGAUCUGAGGGAUGGUGCAACAAAAGGUUACGAUGGGAUGGGAGAAAGAUGAUUAGGGUUUAGUAGUUUUCUGGUUAAUUAACUAAUCACUCGGUAGGCGAAUUUAUUAUCAAUAUGACGACGCUAAUUCUAUAAUUAUCUAUU